AUGGAUACCAAUUCUCAAGGCUUCCACGAAGAAACGGGCGUUUUAUCUAAUCUAUCCGAAACAGAAUGGAAGUUGGUGGCAAAUACCACUCUCCUUGGCUGGAAGGGCUUCUGGCUUACACCUCAUAUUAUGAAAUUUGUUAUUUCAAUUGAAAAUCAAUUCAAUCCCCUCCCAUCUGAAAUACUCCUUGUUUCCUUCCCUAAAACCGGGACGACAUGGCUAAAAGCUCUCACCGCCACAAUACUUCGCCACAAUUCAAAUCCAGAUAGCGAUUCCCAAACCGACCCACUGCAAACCCAAAACCCCCACCAACUCAUCCCCUUUCUUGAAUUGGAGACUUUCGGCGAAAGCCCAUCUCGAGCUAUUAACCAAGUUCCUUCUCCGAGGGUUUUCAACACCCAUCUCCCAUACUCAAUCUUGCCAGAAGCUGUAAAGAAUUCUGGCUGUCAUAUCAUUUACAUCUCUCGAAAUCCAGCUGACACUUUUGUUUCCACUCGGCAUUUCUAUAACAAAAGAUUUGGAACCAAAAUCCCAUUGGAAGUGACCUUCGAUGAGUUCUGUCAGGGAACUGAGGACCCGAAGAAGCACGUGAGCAGAAUCGCGGAGUUCUUGGGAUGCAGUUUGAGUGCUGAUGAGAUUGAUCAAGUGGUUUGGAAGUGUAGCCAUGAGAGGCUAAGUAAAUUGGAUGUUAACAAAGAUGAGGAAAGAGUCCAUUGGUCGGGAAUGAAAUUCAGUUCAUAUUUCAGGCGAGGGGUUGUAGGAGACGGGAAGAACCUUUUGAGUCCUGAGAUGAUGGACAGGAUUGAAACUCUUGCUAAUCAGAGGUGGGAAGGCUCUGGUUUAGAAAAUAAAAUGUUUGGCUCUGAGCCUAAUCUCGUGAAAUCAUUGGGCAUAAAUUGA